CCUGGGUCCUCCCCCAAGCUUAGCCUAUGGAAGGCAAUGCAGGGGUCAGGUGUUAGUACUGGAUAGGAGAGUCAGAGAAUUGGAGCUCACAUCUUUCCUCUUAACCUGUAAAAUGGGUAUAUUUCAGCCAGCCCUGCUACUGAUUGACUGCGGCUCUGUAGAUAAAAAGGGUGUCUGUCCAACUUAGUUUCUCCCAUGUGGGUGUUCAUCCUAUGAUCCUGACAUUUCUUCCCAGCUCCAGUUCCUCUUCUGUCACCCAGGACUCAAUAAGAUGAAGUUGGAUUUUUAAGUAUGGGCUGGGAUUUGGGCUGAGUACCUCCAGCUUAAUUACAUGAGAUUGGAGCCAAAGUAUUAGAGGGAGACAGGUGCCUCCUAGAGUAAGUAUUCCUUCUCCCCAGUAGAGCUUUGUAAUCCAGGCAGAGGGCUCAGUAAGACCCAUCCCUGUGCUUGUGGCUGAUCAGGCUUCAGGGCGGGAAGCGGGGGUUUGGCUCCCACAAGAGGCUCAGUGGACUGGCCUUCCUUUCCAGGUUGUUCCUCCAAGUCAUUCAAGCUGUACUCGCCGAAGGAACCCCCGAACGGCAACGCCUUCCCCCCCUUUCAUCCCGGCACCAUGCUAGAUCGGGAUGUGGGCCCAACUCCCAUGUACCCGCCUACGUACCUGGAGCCUGGGAUUGGGAGGCAUACGCCAUAUGGCAACCAAACUGACUACAGAAUAUUUGAGCUUAACAAACGGCUUCAGAACUGGACAGAGGAGUGUGACAAUCUCUGGUGGGAUGCUUUCACAACCGAGUUCUUUGAGGAUGAUGCAAUGCUGACCAUCACUUUCUGCCUAGAGGAUGGACCAAAGAGAUACACUAUUGGCCGGACCCUGAUCCCACGCUACUUCCGCAGCAUCUUUGAGGGGGGUGCCACAGAGCUCUACUAUGUGCUUAAGCAUCCCAAGGAGGCAUUCCACAGCAACUUCGUGUCCCUCGACUGUGACCAGGGCAGCAUGGUGACCCAGCACGGCAAGCCCAUGUUCACCCAGGUGUGUGUGGAGGGCCGGUUGUACCUGGAGUUCAUGUUUGACGACAUGAUGCGGAUAAAGACGUGGCACUUCAGCAUCCGGCAGCACCGAGAGCUCAUCCCCCGCAGCAUCCUUGCCAUGCAUGCCCAGGACCCCCAGAUGUUGGAUCAGCUUUCCAAAAACAUCACACGGUGUGGGCUCUCCAACUCCACUCUCAACUACCUCCGACUCUGUGUGAUCCUCGAGCCCAUGCAAGAGCUCAUGUCUCGCCACAAGACCUACAGCCUCAGCCCCAGAGACUGCCUCAAGACCUGCCUUUUCCAGAAGUGGCAGCGCAUGGUAGCACCCCCUGCGGAACCUGCACGGCAGCAGCCCAGCAAGCGGCGGAAACGGAAGAUGUCUGGGGGCAGCACCAUGAGUUCGGGGGGUGGCAACACCAACAACAGCAACAGCAAGAAGAAGAGCCCAGCCAGCACCUUCGCCCUCUCCAGCCAGGUACCUGAUGUGAUGGUGGUGGGGGAGCCCACCCUGAUGGGCGGGGAGUUCGGGGACGAGGACGAGAGGCUCAUCACCCGGCUGGAGAACACCCAGUUUGACGCGGCCAACGGCAUUGACGACGAGGACAGCUUUAACAACUCCCCUGCGCUGGGCGCCAACAGCCCCUGGAACAGCAAGCCUCCGUCCAGCCAAGAAAGCAAAUCAGAGAACCCUACAUCACAGGCUUCCCAGUAAGGGCCCUGCCGUGGCCACCCAGCGCUCUGCCUGCCUGCCCCACCCCUCGCAGCCCCAGGGAGCAGAAGACAGAAUGAGAGACUGAGCAUGAACAUCCUCCAAUCCACCCACUUUCGGGAGGAACUGGACUUGCUGGGGGCAGGUGCCAAUAUGGCCCUCCCAGUGGCCCUGGGCCAGGCCUGGUGGGGGUAGGGGAGACUCAAGUGGCUGCCUCUGUGGGCCCUGGGCCUCUGAGAAAUGUCCUGACCACCCCCCACCCCAGGGCAUUUGUCUCCACCUUAACCGCAGGUUCCGGGUCCCCUAUUCGCCUGACUCCACCCUCUUCAAGCCUUGGGUUGUCUGUACUCACAACCCUUAGGGACUUAAAAAAAGAAGUUACACUUGGGGCUUGAAUGAAUGCCCCUCCACCCUAGGCAGCUGGUAAUUGAGGGGUAAAGCUCUGGGCUCCUCCUUCCCCUGCCACUUAUCUCAGCUCCAAGUUUUUAAAAAAAUAUAUUAUUAAAAAUGUUAAGUUUAAAAAAGCAAAGUCAUUCAUAUCCCCCGCCCCUUACCUCUAUUAUUCAAAGUCCAGCUACCUCCCUACUCUCCCAGCAGAUGGGGGACCUGUGGCCCAGGUGGGGGGGAGGGCGCGGGAAGGGGCACAGCCCAUUUUCCACGGUUUCAGAGCUUCAGACCAAGGAGACACUCACCAUCUCUCGUCCCUGUUUUCUGGAAAUGACUGGAGUUGGGGAUGGUGUGUAGGGGGCAACGGGAGGGCUUGGGUGGCCACACCUUGGGGACAGUGCUCUGCUGUUGUCUCCCCAGCCUCCAGGACUCUGACCUAGCCUCCUCAUGCUCGUGACCCCUCUGUCCCAGCCCAACUCCCACCCCUGUGAUGUGUAUUCUUCACAUCCUUCCACCGGAGCAGCUGUCUGGGAUGGGGCGAAACUCCCCACUUAGGGAAUGUGAAGAGAAGAGAGCAAGCAGCCUUGUCUGUCGCUGUAUUUGAUUUUGUCUCAGUUGUGCAGACAUGGAAUUGGGGAGAGACUCAUCUACUAUUCUCCAGAACCCUCUUUCCCCAACCUGUCAACUGUGUCAUUUAGGCUUACCCUGCUCUUCUGUUCUGGGAGGUGGGGGUCUUCAUCUCCCAACAUCCCCUCCCCCUCCUCCUUGGGAGGAGGAAGAAGGCAGCAGCCAGGGUCCUCUGCUGUGGGGUCACGGUUGGACCUGGAGGAUCAGGCUUCAUGGGAGGCUGAGAACAGGGUCCCCAGCCGCCAUACCCGGUUUUGACCUUGCUGCCUUUUGACAGCCAGUCCUGGGAAGUAUCAACCCCACCUCUCUGCCCCUCUCUGCCAUGGAGCUGGCCAUCUCCUCCACUCUGGCCUCCACUUCCUGAAGAGUGUUGUGUCAGGAGCUGAGAGAAUGGAUGAGGAAGAUAGAUGGCCCACCCCGACUGUAAUGCCUUUUUUUUUUUUUUCUGGGCCAUUUGAGUCAUGUAUGGUACUGAUCAAUAAAGAGACUUUUUGGUUUGA